CCUUACAUCUUCCAAAAACCAAAACAUUCUUUCAAAACAGUUGUGUGUUGUGUGAACUUUUUGUAUGAACAGUGGAACGAAGUUUUGAGACAACAAUGCAUAUUGUUUUGUUUACAGUUUGAGUACUAAAGUCGACUCACUUCUCUCCCGCUCUCCAUCACUCAGAUUCUCCGCCCCCAUCUUUUGAUUUUUCCUUCCGUUUCGUUUUUUUUUGAACCUGGGAGGAAUGGAGAACAAGUCAUCAUCAUCAUCAUCAAAACUUAGUUCUAAGAAGAAAGAAGCAACACCAGAACUACUGGAUAAUGGUAGUUUCAUUGAUCCUAUGGGGCGCCGCAAGUCCAAGCGUUUUAAGCUUGCAGCGGUGAGAGACUUCCCACCUGGUUGUGGACCAAGUCCCCCCACCAGGCUUAUUAGAUCAAGCACAGCUGAGGAGGCUAUGGAAGAAGAUGAGGAGGUGACCAUGUCCGGUGGUGGUGGCUGGCGAAGCCUUGGGAUAAAGCAGCUCGGUGGAAGAAAGAUUAUUGCCGUAAGAGACUUCCCUCCACAUACAGGGACCAAGUUUUCCGAUUAUGGAAAGACCUUCAAUGAUGCUGCUGUCUCCAAGGGAGCGAUACCAUUGGUUUCUGGAGACCAUUCUGGUCAAUCUCUUGCUAAAAGCACGUUGGUAGCUGAGAUAUCAAAAAAGUUUACAAGUCCAAAACCAAACGAGACAGCAAGCAAAAUGAAUAAAAAGGAAGGUGUUGUGAUGCCUAAACCCUUGAGGCUUCUCCAGAAGAUUAAUAACGGUGAAGGAACUAGUAAGAAAGAUAAAGAGAGUUCAGCUCGAAAGCCUCUUGUGCUUCCUCCUUUGCGUCCUAGUAUCUCAACCAGUGGAGAUAGUGCUAGAGACAGAGUAAUGGAAACUCUACGUCUUUUCAGCGAAGCUUGUAGAAAACUAAUACGUGAGGAAGAGGCAAACCCCAGGAAAAAAGGCGGUAAAAACUUCAACGUCUCCGUGGAGGCUUCCAAGAUCGUCAAGAGCAAAGGCAAGUACCUCAACGUUGGCACUCAGAUCAUAGGAACCGUCCCUGGCGUCGAAGUAGGCGACGAGUUCCAGUACAGAAUCGAGCUCAACUUUCUCGGCGUACACAGAGCGAUACAAGCUGGUAUCGACUACACCAGAGACGCUGACAAUGAGCUGCUCGCCACGAGCAUUGUAGCCUCUGGCGGCUACGAUGAUGACCUUGGUAACUCUGAUGUGUUGAUCUACACUGGCCAAGGUGGGAACCUAUCUAAAAAAUUUCAACAGGGGAAUUUAGAUACUGAGCCUAAAGAUCAACAGCUCUUGAGAGGAAACCUAGCGUUGGCGAACAGUAGAGACAAACAGAACCCUGUGAGAGUCAUAAGAGGCAACAAGAAGACGCCACCUUCUGAUACCAAGAACUAUGUGUACGAUGGGUUGUACCUGGUGGAAGAGUUUUGGAAAGAGGUGGGGUCUUUUGGUAAGCUCGUCUUCAAGUACAGACUGAAGCGUAUCCCUGGACAGCCUGAGCUUACUUGGAAAGUGGUGAAGAAAGCGAGAGCGUCCAAGGUCAGGGACGGUCUCUGCUGCGAUGAUAUCUCAGGAGGGAAAGAGAGGUUACCCAUAUGCGCUGUGAACGAGUUAGACGACGAGAAACCGCCUGAGUUUGUGUACACUGUCAAAAUGAUAUAUCCGGAUUGGUGCCAGCCUAUCCCUCCAAAGGGCUGCGGCUGCACGAAACGCUGCAAAGAUUCAAGAAACUGCGGUUGUGUUGCGAAAAACGGUGGGGAGUUGCCUUAUAAUUACGACGGAGCCAUUGUUUUUAGUAAGCCUAUGGUCUACGAGUGUGGCCCGCUCUGCAGAUGCCCGCCUGAUUGCUACCUCCGCGUCACGCAGAGCGGGAUCAAGAUCCAGCUUGAGAUCUUCAAAACCGAGAAGAGAGGGUGGGGAGUGAGGUCGCUGGAGUCUAUUCCUUCCGGAAGCUUUAUCUGUGAGUACACUGGAGAGCUUCUGCAGGAGAACGAAGCUGACAGGCUUGCUGGUAAAGACGAGUAUUUAUUUGACAUUGGCACGCAGAAUAGUGAGAGUAGCUUCUAUGAGAAUAGCUUCUUUACCAUAGACGCUGCGAGGAAAGGGAACGUGGGGAGGUUUGUAAACCAUAGCUGCUCGCCGAAUCUUUACGCGCAAGACGUUUUGUACCACCAUGAGGAUAUGAGGAUCCCUCACGUGAUGCUGUUUGCCAAGGACAAUAUACCUCCGCUCAAGGAACUGACGUACUAUUACAACUAUAAGAUUGGUCAGGUGUUUGACGCUGACGGUAAUGUCAAGGAGAAAGAUUGCCACUGUGGUUCGGCCAAGUGCAGUGGUAGGCUCUACUGAUAAAAGCUGAUGUUGCUGGCCGCUUAUAUUCAUGUUCUCUUCUUCUGUUUAUUCUUUUAUCUAAUGUUUAGUGAAUAUAGCAUGGUAGCCUUUGGUAUUAGUCUUUCUCAUAGUAGUGAACUGCUGUUUGUGUUAUUUUUUGAAACUCAACAUGGGCUAAAUCUUCCCAAGACUUUUUCGUC